AUGAACAAGUUCACCCCUCCUUCGCUCGACCCGCCCAAGCAUGAGAUGGCCUAUUUCCCACAGAUGACCACUUCGCUACCAAGUGAGUCGGGCGACUUCCGCCGGGUCCUCUGGACGGGGUUGUACAGCCAGCUGGUUCUGAUGACGGUACCGGUUGAUGGUGAGAUUGGUGACGAGAAGCACACUGUCGAUCAGAUCCUGACCUUCACAUCCGGCCAAGGUAAAGCGACCAUCGCAGGCAUCGACCAGGAUGUCAAGGCAGGCGACCUCAUUAUCGUCCCGGCUGGCACGCAGCAUCAGUUCAUCAACACCGGGCCCACGCCGCUCAUCUUGUAUACCGUCUACUCCCCAGCCGAACACAAGCCCACAAGCGUGCAUAAGGACAAGGCGCAGGGCGACCGUGAAGAGGAGGAGGAUAUCGAUGUUCCGCCGGAAUGGAGCCAACGAAGCAAGGCAGAGAAUGAGAAGCUGGGCCUUGUUGAUCCUGAGGGACACUGA